AUGGACAUUGUAGUGCCUGCCUGCCAUGCUGGUCUGGGGAGAAAAGAAGAAGGGCAAGAGAAGGGGGGAGAGGAGGAGGGAAGUGAGGAGUUGAUAUCAGGGAAGCAAUCAGAGCCAUUCAUCCAGAAGGGCCAGCUAGAAUCUGACUCAUCAGGCUGUCCUGUAGGGUAUUUGGCGACGACCGAGGAUGAAUACGCUGCCGCCAUGCGGGCGGUUUUCGCCAUGUCAUCGGAGGAGAGGGAGCGGAUGGCGACAGCUGGCAGGGAGCGGGCCAAGCGAUUCUCUGAGGAGAAUUUCGAUAAGAGCUUCAAGGACGUGUUACGCCCAGGAGCUGCGUCAGCAGACGACGGCGUAUCGCAGGAUAAGGAAGUGGCUGAGGAUAAGAGGAAAAGGAAAGCGCAGGAGGGAGCGGACAGGGAAGCGGCCGCAAAAGCGGGAGAAGCGGGGGAAGCAAGAAGCGGAAAGCUUGCGCGUGUUGCGCCAGUGGCGGAGCCUGAAGCGCCAGUGGCGGAGCUUGAAGCACCAGUGGCGGAAACGCGGAGCGGAAGGCCUGCGCCAGCGGCGGACCCUGCAGCCCCGUGGAGCGUGGGGCAUCCGGAGGGCCAUCCGCGCAGCCCCUUCCUCCGCCUGCACCAAGAGAUUGCGGAGUUCUGCCGCUUUGUGGAGGCGUCAGAGCAGGAGAAGCAGGCGCGGGCAGAGGCGGUGGGGCGGGUGACAGCUGUCAUUCACAGCAUCUGGGCGCACUGCCACGUGGAGGUGUUUGGUUCGUACGCCACGGGGGUGUACUUGCCCACGAGUGACGUCGACCGAUGUGGAUACGUGCAGAGGGCGCUGAGGGCGCUGGCAAUGUUUGUACCUGUCCUUCAAACCCACUCGGCUUCUGCCCUUCUUCCCCCCAUCACCCCUUCUCUUCCUUCUCUCUUUCAGAUGGUUGUGCUUCACUCCGGCUAUGGUAGUGCUGCACUCGGGCUGUCCGGACGUGCAGAGGGCACUGAGAGCACUGGCGAAGGCGCUGGUGGGGAGGAGGGUGGCUCGCAACAUGAAGGUCUUUGGGCAAACGCCAUGUUUCAUUCCUCUUUCAGGCGUGCGUGUUAUUGCUUAAAAUUCAUUUCUCAUUCUUCUGCUCCUCACCUCGUGCAUGUGGCGACCAUUGAUUUCCUCCUCUCACUCCUCUCACUCCUCUCAUCCAUUCCCUCUCUGCACAUCUGUCCGCCCCUGCAGGUCAUCGGGCAAGCGAUCAUUAAGUUUGCCUGCAGGUCAUCAAACAUACCUUUUCCUCACUCCUCCCCUCUCCCUGUCCGACUUUUUCCUCCCCUGCAGGUCAUUGGCCAAGCACGUGUGCCCAUCAUCAAGUUCCUGGAGAUUGAGAGUGGGGUGUCGUUUGAUAUCAGUUUCGAUACGUCCAACGGACCAGAGACUGCCAAGUUCAUCCGGAAAUCAAUGAAGGCAAUGCCAGCUCUGCGGCCAAUCUCUCUGGUGCUCAAGCUAUUCCUGCAGCAGAGGGGCCUCAACGAGGUGUUUACGGGAGGCAUCGGCUCGUACGCCCUUCUAGUCAUGAUCAUGGCGCAUCUUCAGACCCACCACAGCUGCUUUUCAAGUGGAAAGCUAGAGCAGAACCUGGGCGUACUGCUGAUUGACUUUUUUCAUCUGUACGGUCGUGGCCUGAACACAAUAGACGUGGGAGUGUCGGCGCGGCAUGGGGGGAGAUUCUUCGUCAAGAGGGAUAGAGGCAUGGUGCAGCAGAAUCGGUUCAUGCUGGCAGUGGAGGAUCCGCAGAUGCCCAGCAACGACCUGAGCAGGGGCAGCCACAACAUCCACAAUGUCCGCCUUGCCUUUCAGCGAGCUCACUACCUGCUCACCACGCCCACACUCCCUACCUCCCAUCGCUCUCCAUCCCAAAUCAAUGCUGGAAGUGCUCCUGCUGCUGGUGCUGCUACUGCUACUGCUGGAAGUGUCCGCCUUGCCUUUCAGCGAGCUCACUACCUGCUCACCACGCCCACACUCCCCUCCUCCCAUCGCUCUCAAUCCCAAAUCAAUGCUGGCGCUGCUCCUGCUGCUGGCGCUGCUCCUUCUACUGGAAAUGCUGGUGGCAGCUUGCUGGCUAGGUUGAUCCGCCUUGAGUCAGCCAUUGCCAACAGACCACCCCCACCUAGAAUGGUGCCACCACCACUUGUGCCAAAGCAUGAUAUGAGCAGUGAUGGUGCUGCUGUUGCUACCGCUGGCACUGUUGUUGAGGCUCCUGGUGCUGCUGCUCCCGCUGUCAAGGCCAAGAAAGGAAGAAAGAAGAAGGGUGUUGCUUCAGCCACUGCGGCAGGUGGGAAAGAAGGAACAGCAGCAGCAGCGGAAGCAGCAGCAGGAACCGAAGGAUUAGCAGCAGGGGCAGCAGAGGCAGCAGGGGCAGCAGCAGCUGUAGCAAACACCUGUGGUGCAUAUCAGGAAGGGCCAACAGAAGGGGUUGGCUUAGGCGAGAAGAAGAAAAAGAAGGGGAGGCGGGGCGAGAAGAAGAAAAAGAAGUGGAGGCGGGGCGAGAAGGGUGAGGAAGGGAAGGAUGGUGGGUUGAAGCAGGUUGAAUUGGUAGGGGAGGCGGAUGAUUCGGGUGAAAUUAAGCGAAAAAGGGCCAAGAGGGAAAGGAGAGAGAAGGAGACUGGAGAGAAGGAGAGAAGGGAGAAUGUAGAGGUUAGUGGUGGUGUUGAGAGGAUGGACGGUGGGGAGGAUGUAGGGGUGGAGAGUUUGGGUGGAGAGAAGAAAGAGAGGAAGGGAAGGAAGCGGAAGGUGUUAGUAGAAGAAAUUCAAGCUGAAGAGAUGGAGGAGAGGGAGGAGGAAGGGGAGAAAGAUCAGGAGGAGGAGAGGAAGGAAGAGCGGAAAGAGAAGCAGGGAAGGGAUGAGGGAGAGGGAGAGAGGGAGGAGAGGGAGGAAGAGGGAGGAACAAAACAGGAGGGGGAGGAGAGGGAGGAGGGGGCACGAAAGAGGAAGGGCAAGAAAGUGAGGGAGGGAAAGAGAAAAAGGGAUGAAAAGAAGAGGCUACGGGAGGAGGCUCAGAAACAGGCAGUUGCAAACAGUGCAGCUGAAACAAGAACAGAAGGGGUUGCAGAGAGGUUGGGAAUGGUAGUGAGGGAGAGAGAUGGGAGUUUGGAGGUGAGGGAAGGGGAGAGUGUGAGGGUAGGGGAGGAGGAAGAGGAGAGCUUACCAAGAGGGGGAGGCAGGGCGAGUAGUGUUGGUUGUGGUGACGAUGAGGAUGAGGGUGGGAGGCGGAAACGGAAAAGGGAGAAGCGGGGGCGAGCGUUUAUGGAGAUGCUUGGAGUGAGCGAUAGCGGCAGCAAGUGA